AGCGGGUGAGGCCGGCGGGCGGGCGGGAUAGCAUCGCAAUCGCAAGCAAAGCAAAUCCAAGCGGCUUCCUCCCUCCUAUCUGCAGAUCCCCCACCGACUGCCCCCUCCCCCAGGCCGCCGCCUCCAUUAAUGGCCGCCACCAAGAACCCUCCAACCCCCUCCUGACCUCCCUCCCGACUCGCCUCCGUCGCCGUCCGUUCCCCACGCCCUCUGCCUGUACGUUCUUGGUCGGCCUAAAGGAAGGAGGAAGCGAAGGGUGGGGGUGGGGCGAACCGGUUGGGGCCAGGCCAUCGAUGCUGAGCUCGGCAUCCUCGGCGGGGGCGGGGAUGGGGGUGGGGGGAGGGUACCCGCCGCCGCAGCGCGGGGCGGCGGUGUUCACCGCGGCGCAGUGGGCGGAGCUGGAGCAGCAGGCGCUCAUAUACAAGUACCUCAUGGCCGGCGUCGCCGUCCCGCCCGAUCUCCUCCUCCCCGUCCGCCCCAGCCCCCAUUCCGCCGCCGCCGCCUUCUCCUUCGCCAGCCCCGGCGCCGCCGCGUCACCUUUCUACCAUCACCACCACCCGUCCCUGAGUUACUACGCGUACUACGGGAAGAAGCUGGACCCGGAGCCGUGGCGGUGCCGCCGCACCGACGGCAAGAAGUGGCGGUGCUCCAAGGAGGCGCACCCCGACUCCAAGUACUGCGAGCGCCACAUGCACCGUGGCCGCAACCGUUCAAGAAAGCCUGUGGAAUCCAAGACCGCCUCGCCUGCGCAUCCGUCGCAGCAGCCCCAGUUGUCCACCGUGACAACGACCACCCGCGAGACCGCGCCCAUUGACUCCCUCACCGUGGGGGGUAAAACUCAUGGCCUGUCUCUCGGUGGGGCUGGCUCAUCGCAGCUUCACGUCGAUGCUUCGAAUGCUCAUUAUCGUUAUGGCAGCAAGUACCCUCUUGGAGCUAAAGCUGAUGCUGGCGAACUGAGCUUCUUCUCCGGAGCAUCAGGAAACUCCAGGUGCUUCACUAUUGAUUCCCCAACAGAAAACUCAUGGAACUCCCUGCCGUCCAAUGUGCCCCCAUUUACACUGUCAAAGAGUAGAGAUUCUGGUCUCCUGCCUGGUACCUACUCCUAUUCCCAACUGGAGCCGCCACAGGAGCUUGGCCAGGUCACCAUCGCCUCCCUGUCCCAGGAGCAGGAGCGCCACUCUUUCAGCAGCGGAGCUGGUGGGUUGCUAGGAAAUGUGAAGCAGGAGAACCAGCCGCUGAGGCCCUUCUUCGAUGAGUGGCCUGGGACGCGGGAUUCAUGGUCGGAGAUGGACGACGCAAGGUCCAAUAGGACCUCUUUCUCAACGACUCAGCUCUCAAUCUCCAUCCCAAUGCCCAGAUGUGAGUUUCCUAUGGGCGAUUGAGAAGCUCGUGCUGCCUCAAGGUGGGGUUGUGUGACGUGCAUCAGGCAUUGUACUCGCCGUUAGCGAGUCGUUCACCCGGAGAAUGAUCAGCCAUGGCGUGCCUGCGCUCCCCCGAACUAUUUCUUUCACUGUAUCGCACUAAGAGCUCUUUGUAAGAGCAGGCUCCCUUAUGGAUCAAUGGAGCCCAUAGAACUCAUUCUUGUUUUUUAAGGUAUUACCACGCUUUGUAUUGUAUCCGGACCCAGGACCGUCAGUUGUCGAUUGCAGUAGAUGAUGCAAGUGUUUGUGUGCUUU